CCCGACAGGAACCUGGCGCAGCAUGGCAGCCACCAACUUUGUGCAGGAGAUACACUCCAUGGGUGAGAGGCUGCUGCUCAAGCUGCAGAGGCUGCCCCAGGCCGAGCCCGUGGAGAUCGUGGCCUUCUCAGUCCUCCUCCUUUUCACAGCCACUGUUCUGGUGAUGCUGCUUAUCGCCUGCAGCUGCUGCUGCACUCACUGCUGCUGCCCAGAGCAGAGGGGCAGGAAAGUCCAAGUGAGGCCCAUGUCCCCAGCGUGAGGGACAUAGAUGACCGAGGAGACCCUAGAGAGGAGACUGCCAAAGUCACAGCCCAGGGAGCAGCCUGGCCAUGCAGCCCUCACCCUUGACGACAGAGAUCGAUCACCCCAGCUCUGGCCCUGCCCAGGAACCCAGACACUGACACCUGGAGCCUCAUCAAGGAAAUAAGGUCUGUUUCAGCCACAAAACUCUCUCAUCUCUCAGCGAACACUGGGUCCUGAGGAGGAGUCGACUGUUGCAAAGACUGAGUAAGCCACUGGGAAUUCUUUGCCUGCCUGCACUUUCUAACAAAACAUGGAAGUGGGGUCCCCAUACCUGGGUGGAGAACAGCCCACACCUGUGAGGAGCUGGCCCUCGGGGCUCCCACACCAAAGAGGAGCAGGCCAAUCAGAGGGACUUUGUGCAAUGGUGACUGGAGCCCAAGCUCCCUGCCAGAGAGGGGGCAUGUCAGUAUUCUGUUACAGUAUUGGUCUGUUUGUUUCCCAGUAAAAGCUUUUGGAUUAUG